GCAUUCACGGUGUCUCUGGGUAAUCCAUAAUAAUAUAGCCGAUGAUAUGAUGCUGAUCUUCCAUUUUCAGUCGAAAGCUGUGCCCAGACAGAGAGGGAAAAAGGAUUCCUGGAAGAUGUGCAUAGAUUAAUACGCUAUGAGCAAAGGUGUUAGGAAACAGUUGUUUGAAGCCUGCACAACAGGUGAUCUUGACACACUACUACAAGCCAUUUACCACAAUCAAGAUGUAGUAAAGGAGCUAAUUUGUGGAGAAGAUGUAGCUAGCUCAACUUUGCCCAGAAAUUUUCUUCAUGUGGCCUGUGAAAAUGGUCAUUUGGAAGUGGUACGUCAACUUGUAGCCUUUGGUGCUAAUGUCAAUCAAGCUGUUGAAGAAAUUGGAACUCCCUUAUGUGUUGCAUGUAUAAAAGGAUAUGCAGACAUUGCAAAAUAUUUGUUAAAAGAAGGUGCAUUUGUACAUAAUCCUGUAUUUGGUCAUUUGUCGCCAAUUUUACUUGCCUGUAAAUCUGGAAAACAUGAUGUGGUGGAAUUUUUAUUAUCUGAGCAGCCCAGUCUCCUUGGAUCCCAUGGACCAUUGCUACUCUAUGAGGCAUGCAGACUUGGGCAUGUCCAGCUGGCAAGACUGUUGAUCAGGAGAGGUGUUGAUGUGAACCCACCAUCUACAUCGUUAGACUCCCAGGGAAGGGAAUCACCAGGCAGUCCUCUCAAAGGUGCAUGUGAAGGUCAUCAGACUGCUGUUGUUAAUUACCUUAUUGAAAAUGGGGCCAAAGUGACCUGUGAUCUUGUAGAGAAUUAUUGGGAACUUAUUGGAGAAGCUCUAAUGAGAUACACCAAAGAAACUAGGAACAAACGCAAGACAGCACUUUCUUUUGAAGUUGAUCCAAGUGUGACAAUGUUUUCUGCUGCUUGGAGUAAAAAAAAUUUGUACGCCAUUCAUAAAGCUUGGUUUGUUAACUUGUCAGCAAGACUUGUGAGUAUUGACCUGUCUGAUAACUGCAUUAAGGAGCUUCCAGAAGAGCUGUUUAAUAUUCUUCCAGCCCUUGAGGAGCUUGAUGUGUCUAAAAAUCAAUUGAAAUAUUUACCAGAAGUUAUCAGCAGCUACACAAGGAUACAAAAGCUAUCAGCUUUUGAUAACCAGCUGACAUGCGCCCCUGUCUCUUUGUUUCAAUUACCCACAAUGAAGAAACUAAACCUCGCUCAGAACAAUAUCUCUUCCUUAUUUGGCGAGCUGGAAGAGGGCGAGGAAGCUGAUAGCGACACAUGGGGCUGUACUGCACUGAAGGUUCUAACAUUGUCAUUCAAUCAACUAAAAAGUUUACCUAACGGUAUUCAGGGAGCUGUCGGGCUCACAAAACUAUAUCUGGAUCACAAUAAUCUACGAGACUUUCCGAUGGCUUGGAAAUGCCCCUUGGAAAUCCUUGACCUUUCGCACAAUAAGUUAACCAGUUUUUCCUGUAACAUGGAAAUGGUGUGGGACACCUCUCUGAAGCGUCUCUAUCUUUCAAGCAAUAAUCUGGGAUCCAUUUCUUGGAACUUGUGUCAGUUGUCAGGACUUCAAGAUCUAGAUAUGAGUCACAAUAACAUUCGAAUGUUGCCAAAGCCAGAAUUCUGGACAUGCAGCACUUUGCACAAGCUAAACCUUUCCUUCAACAAGUUAUCCGCCAAACCACUUGUCGAGUCACAGAUGGGUUCUUCAACACUGAAGCGUUUCCAAUUUUUCAAAGCCUCCAGCUCAGAAGAUGGUCAAGAAACAAAGACUGACUGUGAAUUUCCUACAGCACUAUUUUCUCACACGCUAGAGACACUUUCUGUAAACGACAACAACUUACAGUCCUUACCCUUAAGUAUCUGCGGAUUGAUGAGCCUCAUCGAACUGGACUUAAGCGAUAACCCUGAACUGCGCACACUUCCUCCUGAACUUGGCAACUUACGCGAUUGCUGGCAGCUCCGAUUGAACAAACUAAAUCUUUCAGGCAUUCCUAAACACGUCAGACCUGGUGAGAUUGGUGUCCGACCAAAAGACACGCUGGCAUACUUACGAGCAACUCUUCGGAAGUCUGUACCGUAUUACCGCAUGAAACUGAUGGUGGUAGGUUUACAGGGUCGAGGGAAGACAACUUUGCUGUCUGCUUUAAAAGGUCAAAAACUGCCACCUAACCUGUCCACUGUGGGAAUUGUGAUUGACGAAUGGCAGGUUCAGAUCGGGGCCAGUUCAAGGUUUUCAUUACAGCGCUUCUUAACACAGAGUGACGCACCAUUAAUAACGUUCAGCACUUGGGAUCUUGCGGGGCAAAAUGUUUAUUACGCGGCUCAUCAAAUGUUUUUGUCGCCUAAUACUCUGUACCUGGCCGUGUGGAACGUGACACAUGGAGAAGAAGGAGUGGAGAGUCUGAGACGUUGGCUUCUCAACAUACAGGCUCGUGCACCGUCUUCCGAAGUUUUGAUUGUCGGAACACAUCUGGACUUGCUUCCGAAGAAAAAUCGACAACACCGCGUGGAUGCACUGAAGCAAAGCAUCGCGCUGAAGUAUUUGGACAACCAAGGAUUUCCGAAGAUUGUCGGCAAUAUUGUUGUGUCGCCGACGACUGGCGAGAACAUUCCGGAGUUGAAAGAACUGAUUUACAGCAAGGCGUUAAAAGUCAAGGAUCAUGGAGAAAACAUCAUUGGCCGAAUGGUACCACAAAGUUACAUCGACCUCCAACAAGCUGUUAUACAAGAGGCUGAGCGCCGGAGAACCACAGGCGAACCACCCUUACUCUUGGAAGAUGAAAUCUUGCAACUCGCCAAGUGCAGUCCACAGAAUGACAUCUUAGAUACUGAGGAGCUAACACUAGCCACCAGAUUCUUACACGAGAAUGGUGUGUUACUUCACUACAAUGAUCAGCUGCGGGGCCUCAAUCAUCUUUACUUUAUUGACCCUGCUUGGGUCUGUGAUCUUAUUGCGACUCUUGUCACCGUCCGAGAGAGAAAUCCUUUUAUUGUUAACGGUGUCAUGAAGAAGAAGGAUUUGCAGUUGGUGUUGAGAGACCCCAAAUUCCCCCAAAAUUUUAUACUACAGUAUCUGCAACUAAUGGAGCGUUUCGAGAUUGCUCUCUCUAUAAACGAGGAACAGCUUUUAAUUCCUUCAAUGCUACCAAAAGAGAAACCAGGACUGCAGCUUCACAAGCUUCAGAAGUUGAUGGCCAAGAGAAAAAAGUCAAACGAACAGGUGUGGCUAAAUUACUCACGUUCCUCACCUUCACAGUACUUGAACUUGAGUAAAAGUAUGCACUCUUAUAAUAUUUCUGACUUACUAUUGUAUGUUACUGAUCAACAGGGCAGAUUUUCCAGUAGUCGUGGCAGCAGCUCACUAGACAAUUCAAACAUCAACACAGUGUGUAGGAAUUACCAGAUGGCCUACACGCCGAGCGGGUUCUGGAGCCGACUCAUUACCAGGCUUAUUGUGUCCAUUCAAAGAUGGCGGACUAUUGAGCAAAUAAAGGAAGAAAGCUAUUCUUUGGUUUACUGGCGGGAGGGGAUUGGUGUCGUGUAUGAGGGAGGUUACUUCAAGGUGGAAUCAUACCAAGAAUUGAUCCCUGUAAAUCAAGGAAAGGCCGUCUUCCAAGAAAUCAAUGGUGUCGCUAUCACUGUAUGGUCAGAACAGCGAGACUUUGCUGCUAUUGGAUUCAUUGUCGAUCAGAUUGACGCUCUCAUUUCGGAAUGGUAUCCGGGUCUCGACGAGACUGACAUGUAUGGGUUGCCAUUGGUCCGUCGUUUAAUUCCGUGUCCGCUUUGUAUCAACUGGAUGACUCACCGCAAAUCAAUGAAACGAUCUGUUUCUAUGGAGUUUCCAUCCACUCUUCCCUCUAAUUUUCUUAUGUUGCAAACUCUUCAUCCGCACAAUUUCACUCUGACGGAAUGCGCAGCAACUGCGAUGCGUUUUUCAACUAUCAGCUGUCCUUCCCAUCCGGAUAGAGUGGUGUCCAUAUCGCUUCUUAUCCCGGACUUGUUAAUGGCAGACCUACCCCGGCAGUUACUUGUGGAUCAAACUCAAUUCAAGUUCGACCCGCGAGAAUCACAUAAGAUUGGCGGUGGUGGCUCUGGUGAAGUGUAUCGUGGAUCAUAUCGAAACGAGACUGUGGCGGUGAAAAUAUUCCACUCUAUAGGCCAAACUGGCUCUCUCCUUGACAGCGGACUUGGAAACACUGGGCCCUCUCCUGGAUCCAGGACUUUAAGUGGAUCCUGUUAUAGGUCCCAUGUGAGUGAGGGCUCAAGUGGCCGGAGAUCUGAUGUGUACACUGCCAACACUGAACGUGACAUGGAGGAGGAACUGGAAAGGACUAAGGUUGUCAAAGCUUUCUGGGACUUACGUCAAGAGGUAGCAGUCCUUUGCCGAUUGAAUCAUCCAUGUGUUGUCAGACUUCUUGCCGUUUCUCUGCGUCCACUAUGCUUUGUUUUGGAGCUCGCCCCUUUUGGUAGUUUAGCUACAGUCCUUGACGAGCUCUCAUCAAAGCGUGAAGCUCGAGAGAACGAAGGCAGCCAAGUUUCCAGGAGCAGGGAGUCAAUUCUUGGGCGUGAAUUAUCCUAUAACAUCGCUUUUCAGGUCGCCAGUGCCCUUUGGUAUCUCCACGACUGUAACAUUAUCUAUCGAGAUCUGAAAGCCGACAAUGUUUUAGUUUGGUCCAUGGAUGAGUCCGCUUUAUUGAACGUCAAACUAUCUGACUACGGAAUCUCGUGUUUCGCCACACCUCAAGGAGUUGCUGGAGAGGAAGGGACUCCAGGAUAUCAGGCUCCGGAAAUUCGCACUGGAGUCGGUUACGAUGAAAAGGUGGAUAUUUUCUCCUUUGCAAUUUUUCUGUUUGAGCUGCUGACAGGAUGUCGUCCUUUUAGUGAUUAUCGCAAUGUCGUGGACAUCAAGAAAGCGAUUCGACGAGGGGUGCGGCCUUCACCUCAGCUUGAAUUAGAUUCACAAUUACCAAGAUUAGAACGGCUAAUGAGAUCAUGCUGGCAUCAGUUGCCAGAGAAGCGUCCUCCUGCAAGCGAAAUUUUAAAAGAGAUGGAAGAUCCAGCUUUCUUAUGUCAGUGUCGACUGUUACCAGCCACUGAUGAAAACUUGUUGGAGAAAGUUACAGCAAUUUAUGCCUUAUCAAAUGUUGCUUCUGGCAAUCCCAAGGUCCCUGAGGCUAUGGAGGGUUCUUCAACUGAGAUCGCUUCGAACUUUAUUCUGAUUUGGAGUCGUGAACGAAAUGAUCGGUACUACAGUAUAAUCAACUGUGAGACAGGAGUGUUCCAUACACAAGGACAAAACUGUGAGGGACAUAGAGUGCUUUGCAUGACGAGAGUUGAAAAUCGAACUUGGCUUGGCACGGAGGGGUGCACUAUAGAGGUGUUCGGACGGACGUCCUGGCGUAAUCCCUCAAUUCUGUGGUCGUAUACCACUAAGGCUCCAGUUCUUGCGCUGUUGACGGAGUAUUUUCCUACAGAUGAGGACCUUCCUGAAAAGGCAGAGCUUGAGAGUGGCACAAGAGUUAAAAGUGUAUUUGCUUCCCUUGCCAAUGGUACCCUGAUAGUGUUCACUCCUAAAACUAGAUUAGCACGAAGAUUUUCGCAUGCUGAUGUCACUCUAGAAACGAAAGGCGAGGAUGAACGGUUGAAAAAGGAAAGUGACAAGUGGUCUAACUUUCAGGUUGUUAACCUUGGUCAGUCUGGUAUGCCCACCAAAUGUAUGGUUCUCGUAUUCAAUAAUAAAGAACUGUGGGUUGGAUGCGGCAACAAGAUUGUGAUAGUGGAUACCAACACCUUGGUCAUUCUGGACGAGAUUGCGGUGUACCAAACGCAAAGGACGCAUGUCCGGAUCAUGGUAACGGACGGAACACGUGUUUGGUGCGCGGACAGGAGGUCAUCGAAAAUUUUACAAUGGGAAGUUAGCAGUCGUCAGCUGACCAAUAUUUUUGACUGUGAUGUUAACAGUCCAGUUGGAAAAGUUUUAGACACAAACAUAGUAGAGUCCCGCCGUUUCACUUCAAGAAAAGGUGAUGAUGAACGCUCUUCCCGUCGUGACAGAACAGUCAGUGACCCACCUGAUAUGUGCGAGCCCUCUUUCACUGAAUCGAUGUUUAAAGAGGCGAUGGAUCGUAGUAUCAAUGAAGAAGGCGACGAAACAAACUCUUUGCGUAAAGAGGAUUCACUUCCUCGUCGAAUUGGUUCUGACUUUGGUCGAAAUACAACAGAAAAUGAUCGUCAUGAGGAUUCUAAAAAUAUGGAUUCUAAACAGGUUCAGGCAUUUUCCCGUUCUCUGUCCCUACCAGCGGAAACCGUCUCCGAUGAGGGUGGAAUUUCUUCUUUUUGUAGCACAGAUACAACGAAAAGUAUCACAGUUCUUGCUCAGGCUAGCAGUACCCCGCAGGAGUCUCACGCUCAAACCGAAGAUUUUCAAACAAACGAAGAUUCUGUUUCAGUAAUUUCCGAAAAUGUUCCAACUUUAAUCGAAAAAACAGCGACAAUCGAUAAUAUUCGAAACUCCGGCGAGGAAGUCAUAGAAUCGAGAUGCGACGCUACUUCCAAUCAUGGCAAAAGUGAUGCAUUAUCUAUGACAUUAUCAGUUGAAACUAUUCCUGAAAUUACAAUUGAAGCCCAGAGACAGACAGGAGACAACAAUGUUGAAGAUGAAAAAGAGACCGAAACAGUAACCAGAGAAGCUGUCGACAAAAGGGAAGGUGCAGAUUUUGAGCUCGUUGACCGCGAAGAAACUCGUCAAGCUUUCAUCGAAGGUGCACGAAAAAGUUUAGGCUCUGAAAGCUCGAUAUCCCGUCCAUGUGCUUCUAUGACGUCGUUAAGGCAGCCUUUCAAUUCACCUUCUCGAACUCCCUCGCUUAUGAGUUCAACCAGGAGAAAAUCUCAACGGCGACAGGAGAAAGAUGAAGGCAACAAGUCACCACUUAGUAAACCGUGGGCAGCGAGACCUAGGAUACGAAUACUUGCUGGCACAAUUAAUCGUGUGACAGCACUUUCGUUAGUGAAUGGCACGUUGUGGAUUGGACGAGGAGUUGGUGACGUGCUAACACUGAACGUCAACUCAUUUAAUGAUGAUGUUCCUUUGGGUCUUGUGUUCGCUCAACUCGAGAGUGACAAUCUUCUAGGUUACGAAAAUGGUCAAGUGGAUGAAAUUGUCAGCAGUGGCAUGGACAAGGUGGUCUGUUUGCGUCGGCUGGAGACUCCAAGAGGUAGCGUGAAUACUACAGAACGCGGUUUGGAGCGCUAUCAGUUGGUCCUGUGGGAGGCCUGGGGAGACACGGAGUUUAGAAAAUUUAAUUCGCGGCUGGAGGAGUUUAACUCCUUGAUUCCGUAAUCAAUGCUACUAUAUUAUAGCAUGUUAAUAUGUUAUAGCAUGUUAC